AUGGACGAAGUUAUCCCUCAUUGGAAAAGACUUAGUUUUGAUGAUGAUGGUUGCAUCGAAGGAGAAAAACCGAAUAUCUCUAUUACUUCCGAAUUGGAAGCGAUAAAAGAGAGGUUUUCGAAGGCCGAUGACAACCUGAAAUUACACAUCGAAGAACAAUUGCGGAAGAUUGAGUAUCCCAAAACAAUUGACAUGAAACUGCCUUCUCAACCGGUAAAGACAAAGGGUGCUCCAAAGAAAUUGAAGCCUACACCGAAUGACAACUCAACUACACGGGCUCCUUCGUAUGGUGAGCACGUCGAUAAACUUUUUCCCGACUCACUGUCUCCAAAAUCUCAAAAAUCUCAAACAAGUUCAAACAAGGGAGCUCGCAUAAGCAAACCGCCUCCGACACCUAUUCCACCGAAAAUUCCAAUCAUCGAAGAGAUGCCUAUUCCGCCAAAAAUUUCAUUCAUCAACGAGAUGCCAGUUGUUAUGCUUCCUUACAUUAAGCGGAUCGUCAAUAUUGUGGGGGACGAUAAUUGCGGUUACCGUACCAUCUCGGCGUUGCUUGGAAAUAGAGAAGAUAGCCAUACGCUUUUUCGUCAUCAACUUAUCAAAGAGUUGAAGACGCAUAAAGAAUCGUACACACGGUUAUAUGGAGGGGAAGUUAAAUUUGAAGCAAUUAACGAAGCUCUUGUUCCUAGGUUGGGUGCUUACGCGUCGAUAUCAAAAUGGAUGAGAUUCCCAGAAAUGUGA